CCCAAAGUACGGAAAAGAAGAUAAAAGGAACUUAACAGAAACACCUGAUGAUGAUUAUCUUCAAGAAUGUAAUACAUCUAAAGUUUUUUUUAACCUUAAAGAAAAAUACAAUAGAAACAAUUUGAUAAAAAAUGAUGAUGAGAAUGAUAGUUUAAGAUCAUUGCAUUUGUUGAAUCAACAAAAUCAACAAACAUCUUACCCUGUUGAAGAAGAUACUAAGUCAGAUGUCACAGAUACAAAUAAUUUAAAACAUUUUAACAUGCAUCCCACGUGUACUUUAAAUACAUACAAUAAAAAUUAUUUUAAUUUAUUAACGAAAAAUUUAAAUCCUAACAAUGAUGUAUCAAAUGGUGUAACUCGCAACGAGUCUAUUAUUACUGGGCCUAUUAUUCAAAGUGGCCAAUCAACUCGUAGAAAAAAUAUUUGUGUUACGGAAUCAUGGAGAGAAAUCAAUCAUGUUGAUAAAAUUAAGCUUACUGCUUUGUUAUUUCAAAUGAAAUCAUUGAACAGUGAGAUAAUGCCGUUUGUUAAUUUACAUGCAUUAGCCAAUCCGUUUCUACAAAUUCCAAUUCAGGUUUGUCGUAUUGCAAAUAGUAUUAAUUUGAAUAUGGCCGAAGUGUUAUGUAGAAAAAGAACCGAAGUUGCUAUAAUUUCCUGGAUGAUAACUACACAAAAUAAGUAUAAAAUAUAAAAAGUAAAAUAGGUAUAAUAAUACCUAUUAAUCAAAAGUAAAAAAAAAAAAAAUGAAUAAGUUUUUAAAUUUCCACCAAUAAAUUAUUUUAAAAUUAAACAACAAUAAAUAUAUUUUUAAACAA